CAGAAGUGCUUGAGACAAUUAAUCUAUAAAUUAUAUUAAUUCAUAAAUAAAUCAAACUUUCAAUUUAAGAACAUUAUACUAAAAUCCAUAAAAUUCAGAUGCAGAUUACACAAUUCGAAUGACUGCUUAAUAUUGGGAAUCUGAAGCUACUCAUCGCAAUUAAUCUAGUCAAUCAUAUCUGAUCAUGAAGUGCAACCACAAUUUGUCAAACGUAAAUAAAAACCAUCUGAUGUGUCUCAAUUUGAUGAAACUUAAUCGUCCUUCAGAGAGAAUCUAAAGAAUUCGACAUUAACUGUCAAACAGACAAACAUAAUGCAAUUGCUUAUUAAGGCAUGAAAAUCCACAACAAAAAUGCUGUCCAUUAAUAAACUAAUCUUUUUUUUUCUUAUUGUUCUUCUUUAUGAUUUCACAUCAUAAUAAUUGUGAGACUUUUUGCCUCCUCUCUUGCUCUUGUAGCUUAUGACUUGACUGAACUUUUGCACUACUGUUUUAUUUGCUAGUAUUAUAACGGUUACAUGUGUAUUUUAUAUGCUACAACAACGACAAAUAAAGAAAAUGAGUAAAACUAAUUCAAAGCUUUACAGAAAAAAGCUCACGGUUCUCUGGCUUAUUCGCAUGUAUGUUUAUACACUAAGAAAAUCUUUGCUCUGCUCUUUUGAAAUGAAAGUGAAUUUAGUAUUGCUUUGUUUUGGUUUUUGGCGGUAUAAAAGACCGAUGUGAAGUGUUUCAUGACAUUCAGUUCAUAAUCUGGAAUCAAGCCAAACACACGUUAACUGGAUAUAUUAUACAAUAUUUGUUGGGUGCAAAAAAUUAUAAAGAAUUUAAAAUAAUUCAUAAAAAAAGAAAUAAUUUGAAAUUUAAUGAUGAAAGCCUUUUUGUGCUUAACACUUUUGUUGGUGUCAUCAGCAUUUGCUGAAGAAAAGAAGGAGGAAAAGAAAGCAGAACCAUUGGAAAAGAAAUUAGACAAACGUGGAUUACUUGAUCUCGGAUAUGGAUAUGGAAUUAACGGACUUGAUCUCGGUUAUAUUGGAAAUUCAGGACAUUUCGGUGGUGCAUAUCAUUCAGCACCUCAACAUCAUGGCUACGGUCAACCAUUUUACUUAGGACACAAGACUGAUAUUCAUAAGACAGUAACUGUAGUUAAAGGAGUGCCAGUACCUUAUGAAGUGACAAAACACAUCCCAGUUGAAUAUACAAAGCAUGUGCCAGUAGCAGUGAAGGUCCCAGUUCCACAGCCUUAUGAAGUUGUCAAACACGUUCCAGUCCAUACAAAAGAAUACGUCAAAUACCCAGUUCAUGUUCCUGCACCAUAUCCAGUCGAAAGAAAAGUUCCAGUUCACAUUCCAGUUACAGUUGAGAAGCCUUAUCCAGUCAAAGUAUACGUCCCACAACCAUACGAAGUCAUCAAGAAGGUCCCAUACCCAGUCCAUGUCCAAGUACCAUAUCCAGUUGUUCAUGAAAAGAAAGUUCCAUAUGAGGUUAUCAGAGAAGUAGAAGUUCCACGUGCAGUUCCAGUUGUCAAGCAUGUUCCAUAUGAAGUCAAGGUCCCAGUUGACCGUCCAUACCCAGUUCAUGUUCCAGCACCAUACCCAGUAGAAGUCAUCAAGAAGGAACCAUACUAUGUCGAAAAACCAGUUCACUACCCAGUCCAUGUCCCAGUUGACAAACCAUAUAUUGUUAAUGUUGACAAGAAAGUUCCAUACAACGUUCCAUACCCAGUCCCACAUCCAGUUGAGGUUAUAAAGAAGGUUCCAUAUACUGUUGAGAAGCCAGUCCCAUACCCAGUUCAUGUUCCAAUUGAUCGUCCAGUAAUCACAGAGAAGCAUGUCCCAUUCCCAGUCGUCCAUGAGAAGCCAGUAGCAGUACAUGUUCCAGUUAAGCCAGCAGUACCUCAACAUGCUCCAGAACACCAUGGACAUGGCCCACAACAUUAUGCACCAGAACAUCAACACUCAUACACAAGCUUUAGCGGAUAUGGUGGUGAAUACAGCUAUCAUCAUUAAGUAGAUCAUGUAACAAAAUGAAUUUAUAAACAUCUCAUAAGCUAACACUUUCCAUUUCAUCAUACAUAAAACCAAUAGCUUUAAGCUUUUAUUGUUCUACCAAAAAAAUUAAACAAAAUCUCAAUUCAAAAAAAUGACACACAUUUUUACUAUUUUAUUUCGUAUUACGGCAAAGACAUAACUUUUUGCUGUACGAAAUCUUUUUUGUUUUUACCUAUUAAACUCGUCAUUCUUUUAUGUAUAUUUUUGUGUAUACAAGAGAUAGAGAUUAAACUUCUUGGAAUUGCUGUGAUUCCGUUAAACAUGAAUUAAGAUAAAAAAUUGCAUCAAAUUGCGACAAUUUUGUAAGUUUUUUACACACAAUUUGAAACGAAAAUAAAUGAUUUUUACGAAUGU